GAACCAAGAGAUGUGAUUCGUGGAAAGUAGUAAGUACGCGCAUGCGCGUGUCCUGUUUUCAUUUCGGUGGACUCGUGCUGUUUGUGACGGAAAAACAGCUGUUGCCUACGUUUGUCCCAUCAUGGAUAAUCUGGAGGAGGAUCUGACGUGUUCGGUGUGUUAUGGUCUCUUCACAGACCCGAGGGUGUUACCCUGCUCCCACACCUUCUGCAAGAGCUGCCUGGAAAACGUGCUGCAGGUCUCGGUUAACUUCUCCAUCUGGCGUCCUCUCCGCCUGCCGCUCAAGUGUCCCAACUGCCGCAGCGUGGUGGAGCUCCCCACAAACGGCGUGGACGCGCUUCCGGUCAACGUGUGCCUGCGAGCCAUCGUGGAGAAGUACCAACGCGACAGCCAGCCCCGUUCACCCGCCUGCCCCGAACACCCUCGACAGCCUCUGAACGUCUACUGUGUUCAGGACCGCAAGCUCAUAUGCGGCUUUUGUCUUACUAUCGGCCAGCACCAAGGCCACGCCAUCGACGACCUCCAGACAGCCUACGUGAAGGAGCGCACCGGCCAGGCCCGACUGAUGGAGAGCUUGAGAGGCAAGCGUUGGGAGGACAUCUGCAGCCUGGCCGAACGCCUAGAGCAGGAGAAGGUUCGGAGUGAGGCUUUGGUUGAGAACGACCGCGAGGUCGCAACUCGUUUUUUUCAGGGCCUUGACCUCAUCUUGGCCCAAAAGAAGGAGCAGUUCAUGCAGGCUCUGGACCGGGCGAGCGUGCUGCUGGCGUGUGCCUAUGACCCGCUCAUCGAGCAGGUGAAGGACAUGCAGGAGGAACACAGCGAUCUGAUCUCCCUCAGCUCCAGCAUCGAGAGCGAGGAGUGUCCUCUGGUGUAUCUGGAGAAGGUGCAUCAGCUGAGGCAGCGCGUGAACGCCUUGAGCCAGACGGCGCUGCCCGAGGUCCCCAGCCUUCACAUGACGCCGCGGACGGAGCCGUUCUUUGAGGAACACUGGUCUGACGUGACCAUCAGAGGUCUGAGGGAUGGUCCUCUUCCAGAAAUUUCAUGUCAUGCACACAGGUCAGCUCAGGCCACGGAUCAAACUCAGUCCCGGCAUCUUUGUUCAUCUUCAGCUGUUGUCAUGUUGAUGCUGCUCGUCCUGGUGCUCUCAGCCCUGUAUUUGCAUUCAGUGGGUGGAAGCGGUAGUGGGUUUUCUGGUCUCCGUCAUGUAGUAGAAAACAUUUCAACUGAGCUCACUAAACCUCUCCAUGACAUCGGGACGUUCUUCUUUUGUCUGCUACACCACAACGUCAUGAGAUUAAACACUUUUAUGUCUACUUUAGGAGAAAACACCUAUCAGUAUCUGCUCACCUUUCUCAAAACAUCACACUAGUGUUAAAUACUCAAGAUGUUGCGAACAUUCGGCCUUCGUGAAAAAAAAACAGAAUGAAUUUCUAGGUCAAACUGUACAAACCAUUUACACAAAUUUGUUCUGCUCAUUUCAAGAAUGAGGCUAAUACUGUACAAAUACUGUAAUACAUGUUUAAUCGGAAUGCUCAUCAAUUAAAGCGGUCACAACAUUAACAUUUUAACAUGAUCUUUGAGCUUCACUAAGGGUGUUUUCACCCCGAGCGUUUGUUUCAGAACCUGGCGCGUUUUCUCCCUUGGCUUGGUUCGUUUAGGCAUAUGUGAACACAGCAAUCACGCUCAGAUCUGCAUCAUUUUGAUGGAUGAUGCUGAGAAAACUGACCAAUAAGAGCAUCAUAAACGCAUUUUGGUAGGCUUUGAAAUGUUGGCGUGUGAAAAACCGAACCAAGAAGAAAAUGCAACAUAAAUUUAGUCCCCGUUUCAGAACAAAACAAACGAUCCUUAGGUGUGAAAACACCCUUAAAAUGUUAGUUUUUUUUUCAUUAACAUUUCAUUAAAAUGUUAGUUUUUUUUUUCAUUAACAAAAAACAUCUGAUAUCAUUAGAUAAGAAAAAAAAGUGUCAAUAAUGGAUGUAUUAUUUACGGAUGAAAACCUCUAUAAACAUAAAACCAUUAUUUAUAGACAAAGUAUUAUGAAAGCGUUUACUUAAGCUUUGCGAUGUAGCAGCAGUCCAACUCAGUACAGUUCGCUUCAUCUUCCAACAUUUCUGUGAAUGCUGCAUUAAAUUGUGCAUGAAUUACAAAAUGAUCAUAAUCCUCGAACGCGAUCCGAGAUGUUGUUAAAACACAAUCCGGGAGCUUUGGAAGGCAGUGCAGUCUACCAUCCUUAUCCAGUGUAGUCAUUGAUUAGAACAUCUAUUUGCUUUUGACACACACAAUGCGCUCUGCAAUUUUCCACAUCCACUGACAGCACAAUGUCUGGCGAUCUUCCCAAACAUCUUAAUACCAGGUGAAAACAGGGCCUAAGAUGUGUUUUGGUCGAUAGGAUCACAAGUGGAUGACGCUAAAUACAGGUGUAAAACGUUUUGAGCUUGUCCACUUUCGACCACUUCCAGAGGUAGUUUAAAACACAUUCAACUGGAUUGCUUUCGUAGUGUAGACGCUCAUGUGGUCCAAUGUGUUCAAACAGCCACUAUAGACCGCCUUCUCUCCACCUACUGACCUAACGCGUAAACUAUAUGGGAAGCGCUCUAGCCAGACGGGAUUUAAACUUUCUCGGCUGAAAACCCAAGUUUGGUUUGAAGAUGAAAAACGUACCAAUCACAAUGUUCUCUCAUCAUUCCUGAACACACUCACAGCGUUUGGCCGGUCUUAGCAGCUGUCAGAGCAGAAACGAAACCUGAUUCUCUCUGUAUGUUUUCUGUCAUCUCUGGUCACAUUCAUCUGUAAAUUGCGCAAGCUUUUUGUCCAUUUGAUCGAAAUAUCUGAUAAAACCCAUACAUUUACCCACCUAUAGACCCUCCCCUCGAAGAAAUCAGGACAGAAGUGGUUGAAAGUGGACAAGAGAGACAACAAGAAUGUGUCUCCCUCAUCCACUUAUGAUCUGAUCGACCAAAACGCAUCUUAAUACCAAGUGGAAACAGGGCCUUAAUCUUUGUGUACAUUAGUAAUUGCAGGGAGCUUUAGGUGCCUGUUAGCCGAAGCUGAUGGUUACAGGAGUGAUGAGGUCAAGUAAGCGUGGAUGUGUGAUUGUGGAGCUAGUCAGAUUCAAAUAUGUUCCAAUGUGACGUCACAAUGUGGAGAAAGUACAAAACGAAUCAUUCUGGCAGCUUGAUGUCAACAAAUGCUGUUUUUGAGGUCUUAAACUUAGUAUUUUUUUUUUUUUAUUGUACAAUGACCUCUCGUGUCAUAUAAACUCAUGAACUCAUGCUUGACCCCUUUAACAUCAGCUGUUCAGACAACAAAUGUACUUCAGUUCAGAAGAACGUUUUCCAGUCUGUUGUAACAGUGAUGAGCAGGUCUAUAACUGCAGUACAAAUAAACUACAUUACCCAUGAUGCCUUUUUCCCACAGUUCCAUAGAUUGCACUGCAGCCGGUUUUAGACAUUGUCCGUGUAGAUGCAUGGACCAAAUUGACUACUUGAGCACAAUGAGACGUUUGAAUCAGACAUUUGGGACCUACUUUUCAUCCUAAUUUUAUGAACUGUUUGUACAUUCCUAAUUUUUUUCUAUUGUCUUUUGUUCAUAGCUACUAUGACUUACUACUAAAAGCACUUUACUAUUUGCACAUAUGGUACUAUACUGUUUGCAUGAUGAAUAAAACUCUUCUGUACUGAG